AUGGGCUCUACACCGGCAUUCACACACUUGAGCAACGCUCAAAAGACGUACAAGCCCCCCUUGAUCGCCAACGAGAAUGCAUUCCUCGGCGACGUCGCCACCAGCGAGAAGCUCGACCCCGAGAAGCCAAUCAGCGCUGGCUUCUACAGACUGGAGAAGGGUACCCCUCUUGUUUACACAUAUACCUACCACGAGAUGAAGAUCAUCGUAGAGGGUGAAUUCGACAUCAGUGACGAGACUGGCCAGAAAGUGCAUGCCACCCCUGGUGAUGUCUUUUACUUUCCCAAGGGCAGCGUUAUCACAUUCACGACCGACAGCUACGGAUUGGGAUUCUACUGUGGCCAGCGCCCAGAGGGUGCUGCGUAA